AUGGGGGGAGUAGUACCCUUGUUGACUCUUCUGGAGUUCUCAGCUGCUUUUGAGACCCUCAACCAUGCUAUCGCACUGUGCAACGUCCCUUCCGGCCAGGCAGAGCCAAUACUGAAGAUGGGGGAACAGCUUCAUCUGCUGUCUGAGGAUGGGGAACGGUGGAAAGUUGUAUCAGUAGCAACUGGCAAAGGCUGCUACAUUCCUAGCAACUACAUAGCCAAAAUCUCUUACAGGUGGCUCUAUGAAGGCAUCUGCCGAGAAAAAGCUGAGGAGCUAUUGAUGCUGCCUUCCAACCAUGAAGGAUCCUUUCUGAUAAGAAAAAGCCAAAUGAUGAAAGGUUGCUACUCCUUGUCUGUUAGACAUGCACAGCAUGGAGCCUGGGAUUCUGUGAAACAUUAUCAUAUUAACUGCCUGGAAAACAACUGGAUUUACAUCACUUCCCGUCUCACUUUUCCCAGUCUGCAGGAUUUGGUGGACUAUUAUUCUGAUAGCAGGGAUGGCUUAUGUUGCCGCCUGCAAAAACCAUGCUUCAUCCAAGGAUCCGACUUGGGCUUGCUACCCCACUUUUCAAAGCCAGUGAUAGUGAAACAGCCAAACCUCAACUGGCGGGAGAUCAACAGUUCAGAGCUGUUGUCACAGGAUCCACUGCCAGGAGACUCUCCGGUCAGUCUGGGCCUGCGGGAAGCCAUCAAUUCUUACUUGUUAGUGACUGAAGAUUUGCUUCUAGAGGACAUAUCUACCCAAAAGAGGAAGAAGUGCAAAGACAGUUGAUCACUUUUGGAAACUGUUUGUCCCACAGAAUUUGAAGGGGAAAUAUAGAAGAUCCACCAUCAUUCAUGACAUGCUAUUAAAUGGAGGAGGACCUGUGCUUGACCUCAGUUCCAGAAGGAUGCGCUUUAGUCCAAAGUACUAUGUUUAUUCUUUUUCCA